CGUUGCUGCAAGAGCCCGAAGAGCCGCCCGUCUCGCUGGCAGCCAUGGAGGAGGCUUGGAGCUUGCCGAGGUGCCUGCAAGCGCUGCCCAUGCUGCCCGCAAAGGGACCCGAGCGGCCCGCGGCGUUGCUUCUCGUCUGCGGGGGUCUGGGACCACAGAAGCGGCUCGAGUACAGCUGCGCCGUCCUCGGAUUCGCCGCGGGACACAUCUGGCGGUGCGAGAAGCUUCCGCAGCCUCGACACCAGCACGCGGUGACUUGCCUGGACGACGCCCUGUACGUGCUGGGAGGCUUGGACACUCGCAACAGCCGGCGUGGGCUGCGCCUGGCCACCAGCGCCUGCUUCCGCUACCGCUUCCGGAUGGCGCGUGACCAGAAGGCCGGGAAGGUAGCUGGGCCCACGGACCAGUGGGAGCGGCUUCCUGACAUGCGCCACGCGCGCAUCAACCACGCUGCGGUGGCCCUCAAAGGACGCGUCUACGCCGUCGCCGGACAGGAUGAGUUCGACGUCUUCCUGAGCUCGGUGGAAUGGUACGAGCCCGGCGCGUCGUCGUGGUGCGAGCUGCCGUGGCCCUUGCCGUGCCGUCUUUCGGCGUGCGGUGUGGCCUCCUUCCGCGGCGCCCUGCACGUGGCCGGGGGACUGGUGCAGGCGCCCCGGCACCCGGACUGCCUGUACGUGGUGUCGUCGCUGCUGCGCUGGGACUCCGCUGCCGGCCGCUGGCAGAGGGCCGGGCCCAGCCUGCCCUCCGGCAGGGGUUCCCUGGCGCUCGUCGAACACGACGGCUCCCUGUACGCCAUAGGUGGGCUCGCCAGGACAGAGACUGGCCACCUCCGUGUACUCAAUGACGUCAUAGCGUACAACGAGAAGGACGGAUUUUGGCGCAAAUGCCAAUCUCUUCCGGAGCCACUACACGCCUGCCAGGCCUUCUCUCUCGAGUAG